AUGCCGCCAAAAACAAACACUCUUCAAAACUCGAACCGACUCGAUAAACUCAGCAAACUCGACAAGCCCCUUCGCAAGACAAGCAAGCAGACGACUAGGCAAGAGGCAAGACGAGCACGACCGCUGAGUAAAUCAAGAAUUGAUCGUGAGCGACAGUAUAGGUUGGCCUUAGGUGGAAACACGCGCAACCAGAAGACCCUGACCCAGAUUGAUUUUGUGAAACAGGCGCAGGCAUUACUAGCUCGUGAGGAUAAGGACGAAGAUGAUGAUUUGGAGCUAGAGUACAUUGGUGGAGAGACCUGGGAUGGAGAUUAUGAGGUCCCAGUUCAAUCGUCAAAACGGAGAAAGAGAAAUGGGAAUAGGCGCAGGGCCAAUACUGGAAAAAGGAUCGGGAGUGAUCUUGUUGGGAGGAAGCAGGUAGAUGAGACCGACGGAUCAGAUGAUGAUAAAACCUUGACUCAGAUGGGGUAUGUUACUGGUUGGCAGAAUGAUGGAAGAAGCCACAACAUGCAUGCAGGGCUGGGUAAGAGGAAGGGUGUGGAUCGAAUGGAGAAUAUUGGAAAGGAGCCGAAAGAGAAAAUGUGUGACGGAACUCUGCAGGAGUUGAGAGCAAACUGCGACAACCGGACGGGCACGCAAGGCAGGAAAAGGAAACUCUCAGAGGUCAAUUCUGAAUGCCACUCCUCACAAAUUGUUCCUCCUUCGUCCCUCAAUCUGGGAGGCAAUUCAUCGGCACGAACACCAGCGACACCGCGGAAACCAAUUAAUCGGGUGGUUCCUUCAUCACAGUCACCAGACAGUCCUGCUCUCAUAUUACUCCCAUGCACAUUGAAGGAAUCUCCGCCGAAAUUUCCCCUUGCUCCACUUUCUCACAAUGUAACGCCGAGGAACACUGCACCUCCCUCGAAGGGUGAGUAUAUGACCCCCAUCUGUGACUCGCAACUGGCACAAUACGAAAUCCCCGUGUCACCUUUCAACUCCGCUAGUACUGGUUCCCCUAACCGGAGUUAUGAAGAAGAAUCAGUAAUCGAACUUAGGACCACACCUACUACAUCUCCUCCAUUUGCGCCCGAAAAGGACUCCGAUAAAAAGCUCUCAAAAUCACCCCAUAGUAUAGCAAAGCAAACAACGCCAAAGGACCAAAAGACUGAACCCGGUGACCCUGACACGAGCUCUUUUGACGCAGAAAAAUCAAAGAAAAGAGUGAUAUAUGAAACGGACGCAGAGACAGAGGACGAGGAAAUCCACCUUUCAUGCAAAGAACACUAUUCCUGGCGGACUCAAACUCAAGUCAUUCAUGAUUCCAGUUCGAGAUCGCGCAAUGAUGAUUAUUAUGAUGAUUACCCUCUGAAUGAGCUCCCAACCCAAGCCCGCAAUUCAGACCAGGAAACAAGCGAUACCCUUCCAAAAAAUAUGCUUGACUCCGAGGCGUCCAUGCUCUAUUACCGCAAGCCCAUGAGUUUAUCAUUCGAGCCAGGAUCUGAGCUAGCCAAUAUUAAUACACAGAGGCUGGCGGAGUUAUUUCCAGCUGCUGAGACAGAAAAUGAGGAAUGCGUAAUCCCCCACCUUUCUACCAUUCCCGAAAAACACGAAGCAGAAGAGGAUAGCGUAGAUCACGCUUCUACAACAAGGCCCACCAAGAAUAGUAGUACGAACCAUAUCUCUAAUUCACCACGGCGUCAACCUCCUCUGAACACUACAGCGGAGCGAAGUAUCUCACCGCCCUCGUCGCCACCCGUCGUGCUAGUUGAGUCCUCACAGCACAGUGACAUGGGAGAUGCAGAUCCGGACCAUACGGCUUGCAUUGAUUCACAAAACGAUUGCCAGGGCCUAGUUACUACAAGUCAAUUGUUGACAGAUAGCAUGAUGGAAAGCGUUUCCGGCCCAUCAAUGUGGAUGUCCAGCCAUGAUCCCUCGCAGGAGGAGUACCAGGAUACGGCCGAGACGUAA